AUGAGAUUUAAUACUAUCGUUGCGCUUUCGGCACUCUCCACCAUGGCCCAUGCUUGGGGGUUCAAUUGCGCCGACUCCCAACCCACACCGGAUGAUAUCCAAGCAAUUAGCGCGGGUCAAGAGUUGUUGAUGGCAGACGACACACCUUCAGCAGCUGAGCUCAUGGCUGAUACCUUGUCCGGCGACGGCGAAAAUUGUCAAGACAAUCUGGGUAAAUGCCACAACAGCCUCAACAAUGUCACGAACCAGCUGGACACGUGCAAAAAGUCCAUUUCAGAUAUCAAUUUCCUGAGGAAGACAUACGAGGAGGUGGCGUGGAAGGCUCUGAGAUCUAUGCCUUACUUCAACCUGAAUCAAAGGUAUUACACCGUCGACGGCGCUACCUACGUUGUCUAUGUUGGAGUUUCUUUAAGUACCUAUGGCCGCCCUGUCCACGCCCCUGAUUUACAGACCUGUGUUAGGAUCUGUAAUAAGAAAUCCGGUUGUCGGGCUGCACAUUUUCGGCCGUACUCAAAACAGUGUGACACAUGGACUCUUGUUGCACCAAGGCCUGGCUUCGAUAUGGAUGGAAUUGCCGCCGUUCGUGCUUGGUAA